AUGAUCAACGCUAAGAGAAUCGCUCAACUAGCAACAAAGUGGCAGAGGGUAGCAGCUCUCACGAGGAAGCGUCUGACCAGGACGGCGACAACAUCAACCGAAGGGUGCUCAACAGUAGUGGAAGGAAAGGGCCACUGCAUCAUGUACACCACUGGUGGGAGAAGGUUCGAGGUGCCCUUGGCAUAUCUCAACACCGUGGUCUUCAGUGAGCUUCUGCGAAUGUCCCAAGAGGUGUUUGGCUUUGCAAGCAGAGAAGACAGGAUCAAGCUGCCAUGCGAUGCCGUGGUGAUGGAGUACAUCAUGUCCUUGCUCAGGAGAAGUGCCUCCGCUGAGAUAGAGGCGGCGUUCCUCAGCUCCAUGGCGAUGCCACCCUACUAUGCAGCUCCACCUGUGGGAGUUAGCCAGCAUGUUAUUGUCUGCAGUUGCUAA